AUGUUAUACGACGAUUUCAAACCUAUAGUAGACUUAGUUCUUAACAACUGGACAGCAUUGCAGCUGGCUGUUGAACAUGGAAUGGGUGCUCCUGGAGGUGAAAAGACCGCCCAACUUAUGUCUGUUUACAUUGCAAGGUACUGCGUUGAGAAUAUUGUUGACCAGGAUGAUCUUACAGAAUUACUGGAAGAUUUGAUGGAUGAGGAGUUUGAAACUGUUUGCCAUGAUGAUUCACCUAAAGAGGUAGCAUCUCUUCUCAUAUUGUUCCUUAGUUUACUGAAAGAAGGGCGGCAUGAUGAGUUAAGGGCUAGAAUAGAAGCAAUGCCCAAAUGUCAGAAGUGGCUCAGUGAGCCAAUGCAUGAUUCCGUGCCUCCACAAUGUCACGGUAAUCCAGAUGAUGACAGCACAAGCAGCAGUGGAGAUGAUGAUGAUGAUAGUCCUGACGCUCCAAGAAUAAAUGGUGAUGCAGCUUCAUCAUCUCAUACAAAUAACGAUCCAGAACCAAUGGAUGAAGAUGUUGAACCGGGAUGGACUGUUGUAAGAACUAGGAGGAAAAAAUAA